CAAUGUUGCUUCAAGCAGCGCUUUGCACCGUCCUUUCUCUCCUCCCACCAUUCUACCAUUUUUUCUUUAUUUGCCACUCCGACCCGGGCUUCCCAUUCCUCCACUCCUCCCCGCCCGAACCCCUCCAAUCUCUCUUCUCCAACUCCUUGCAUUCUGAGCUCUCCAAUCCGACCUCCGGGAAAAAGAAACGGGUUUUUGAAGUUAAGCAGGGAUGUCUUCUUCUUCGAGAGGACGGCUGGAUCAGCCGCCGCAGCGGCGGAUACUCCGGACUCAGACGGCAGGGAAUUUGGGGGAAUCGUCGAUCUUCGACAGCGAGGUCGUCCCGUCCUCCCUUGUCGAGAUCGCCCCCAUCCUCCGUGUGGCCAAUGAGGUCGAGUCCCAGAACCCGCGGGUCGCUUAUCUAUGUCGAUUCUAUGCAUUUGAAAAGGCACAUAGAUUGGAUCCAACAUCAAGUGGGCGUGGUGUUCGUCAAUUCAAGACUGCGCUUCUACAACGGCUAGAAAGGGAGAAUGAUCCUACACGAAUGGGAAGGGUUAAAAAGAGUGAUGCACGAGAAAUGCAGAGCUUCUAUCAGCAGUACUACAAAAAAUAUAUCCAAGCACUCCAAAAUGCUGCUGAUAAAGCUGAUCGUGCCCGGCUUAUCAAAGCAUACCAAACUGCUGCUGUCUUAUUUGAGGUCUUAAAAGCUGUCAAUUUGACACAAUCUGUUGAAGUUGAUCAUGAGAUUUUGGAAGCUCACAAUAAGAUUGAGGAAAAGACAAAGAUCUGUGUUCCAUACAAUAUUCUGCCACUUGAUCCUGACAGUGCAAAUCAGGCUAUCAUGCAAUAUACUGAGAUUCGAGCUGCUGUUAAUUCUCUUCGCAACACAAGAGGCCUACCAUGGCCUAAGGAUCAUAAGAGGAAGGUUGAUGAAGACCUCCUUGACUGGCUACAAGCUAUGUUUGGGUUUCAGAAGGAUAAUGUUGCUAAUCAGCGGGAACAUUUGAUUUUGUUACUUGCAAAUGUCCAUGUUCGUCAAUUCCCAAAGCCUGACCAACAAGCCAAGUUGAAUGAACGUGCAUUGGAUGAUGUCAUGAAGAAACUAUUCAAGAACUAUAAGCAGUGGUGCAAAUACUUGGGUCGCAAGAGUAGUCUCUGGUUGCCCGCAAUUCAGCAGGAAGUGCAACAACGCAAGCUACUAUAUAUGGGUCUCUACCUGCUUAUAUGGGGGGAAGCUGCAAAUUUGCGAUUUAUGCCUGAAUGCCUUUGUUACAUCUAUCAUCAUAUGGCAUUUGAAUUGUAUGGAAUGCUAGCUGGGAAUGUGAGCCCAAUGACUGGUGAGAACAUAAAGCCGGCAUAUGGGGGUGAUGAGGAAGCCUUUUUAAGAAAAGUUGUCACUCCAAUAUACAAGACAAUAAAAGAGGAAGCUGAAAGGAGCAAGUUGGAAAAAUCCAAGCAUUCUCAAUGGAGAAACUAUGAUGACUUAAAUGAAUAUUUCUGGUCAGUCGACUGUUUUCACUUGGGUUGGCCGAUGCAAGCGGAUGCUAAUUUCUUUCAGCCUAGAAAUCCAACUAAUGGGAAAAAUGGAGAGAACAAGCCAAUCAAAGGGGAUCAAUGGAUUGGGAAAGUCAAUUUCGUUGAGAUUCGUUCAUUUUGGCAUAUUUUUCGAAGUUUUGAUAGAAUGUGGAGCUUCUUUAUCUUAUCAUUGCAGGUCAUGAUAAUUCUUGCUUGGAAUGGUGGCUCACCAAGUGCUAUUUUUGAUUCUGAAGUACUCAAGAAAGUUUUGAGCAUCUUUAUAACUGCAGCUAUACUUAAGCUAGGACAAGCUAUCCUUGAUAUAAUUCUUAGCUGGAAGGCAAGAAGGAGCAUGUCUUUUGCAGUUAAGCUGAGAUAUAUUUUAAAGGUUGUUUCUGCUGCUGCAUGGGUGGUCAUAUUACCAGUGACAUAUGCCUAUACCUGGGAAAAUCCUAGUGGACUAGCAAGGACUAUAAAGGGCUGGGUUGGGAGUGGACAGAAUCAACCUUCAUUAUACAUUUUGGCAGUGGUUAUAUACUUAUCACCGAAUAUGCUAGCAGCUUUGCUGUUUCUUUUUCCAUACCUGCGACGGUUUCUUGAGAGUUCAAACUACAAAGUUGUAAUGCUCAUGAUGUGGUGGUCUCAGCCUCGGCUCUAUGUGGGAAGAGGAAUGCAUGAAAGCUCUUUCUCACUUUUUAUGUACACAAUGUUCUGGGUAGUUCUCAUACUCACGAAGUUGAUAUUUAGUUACUAUAUUGAGAUCAAGCCUCUUGUAGGUCCCACGAAAGAUAUCAUGAGAACACCAAUAACAACUUUUCAGUGGCAUGAGUUUUUUCCCCGAGCAAAGAACAAUAUUGGUGUUGUGAUUACACUUUGGGCUCCAAUCAUUCUUGUUUAUUUCAUGGAUACACAAAUUUGGUAUGCAAUAUUCUCCACCUUACUUGGUGGUGUCUAUGGUGCAUGCCGUCGUCUUGGUGAGAUUCGAACUUUAGGAAUGUUAAGAUCCCGAUUUCAGUCACUACCUGGUGCUUUUAAUGCGCGUUUAGUUCCUGUGGAACAAUCUGAUGCAAACAAAAAGAAGGGCCUAAAAGCUUCUUUAUCCCGCAGAUUUGCUCAGAUGCCAGAUGUUCAUAAAGAGAAGCAGGCAGCGAGAUUUGCUCAAAUGUGGAACACAAUAAUCACAAGCUUCCGAAAAGAGGAUCUAAUAAGCAACAGGGAAAUGGAUUUGUUGCUUGUUCCAUAUUGGGCAGAUAAGAAUCUUGACCUUAUCCAGUGGCCUCCAUUCUUACUUGCCAGCAAGAUCCCGAUAGCACUGGACAUGGCUAAAGAUAGCAAGAAUAAUGAUGGGGAGCUGAAAAAGAAACUUGGUGCAGAUAGUUAUAUGUCUUAUGCUGUUCGUGAAUGCUAUGCAUCAGUUAAGAACAUUAUUAAAUUCUUGGUUGAAGGAGACCAUGAGAAAAAGGUCAUAGAUGGUAUAUUUCGUGAAGUUGAUGAGCAUAUAACUAAUGAUGAUCUGAUAAAGGAAUUGAAUAUGAGCGCUUUGCCCAGUCUCUAUGAUUAUUUUGUCAAGUUGCUUAGAUUAUUGAUGGAUAACAAGCAAGAAGAAAGGGAUCAGGUUGUCAUUCUUUUUCAAGACAUGUUGGAGGUUGUGACAAGGGAUAUAAUGGAGGACCAACUCUCGAGUCUCCUGGAUUCCAUCCAUGGUGGCUCAUAUGGAAGGAAUGAGGGCAUGACCCCUUUGGAGCAGCAGGUUCAGUUAUUUGCAUCAACUGGAGCUAUCAAGUUUCCAGCACCAGAAUCAGAUCAGUGGACAGAAAAGAUCAAACGGCUUUAUCUUCUGCUUACUGUGAAGGAAUCUGCAAUGGAUGUACCAUCUAACUUAGAAGCCAGAAGGCGUAUUUCUUUCUUCAGCAAUUCUUUGUUUAUGGAUAUGCCUGAUGCCCCAAAAGUUCGUAACAUGCUUUCAUUUUCUGUUUUGACACCCUACUACAAUGAGGAUGUUCUUUUCUCCUUACAUAACCUUGAAGAGCCAAAUGAAGAUGGAGUCUCCAUCCUUUUCUAUUUGCAGAAAAUCUAUCCAGAUGAAUGGACCAACUUCCUUGAGCGUAUGUGCAAAACAGAAGAAGAACUUCGAGGGAGCGAAGAACUGGAAGAGGAGCUUCGUCUUUGGGCAUCUUAUAGAGGCCAAACUUUGACCCGAACUGUUAGGGGAAUGAUGUACUAUCGGAGAGCUUUGGAACUUCAAGGUUUUCUAGAUAUGGCCGCAGAUGAUGAUCUUAUGGAAGGCUAUAAAGCAGCUGAAUUAAUGUCUGAGGAACAUUCAAAACUAGAAAGAUCUUUAUGGGCACAAUGCCAAGCUGUAGCUGAUAUGAAGUUCACAUAUGUAGUGUCCUGCCAGCAAUAUGGUAUUCACAAACGGUCUGGAGAUCCUCGUGCACCAGAUAUUCUUAAGCUCAUGACAACGUACCCAUCUCUUCGUGUAGCUUAUAUUGAUGAAGUUGAAGAAACUAGCAAAGAUAAAAAAAUAGAGAAGGUUUACUACUCUGCUUUGGUAAAAGCUGCUUUGGCUAAUUCUGAUAAUUCUGCUGAAUCAGUGCAAAAUCUAGACCAGGUUAUAUAUAGGAUAAAGCUCCCUGGUCCUGCAAUUUUGGGUGAAGGGAAACCUGAAAAUCAAAAUCAUGCCAUUAUUUUUACACGUGGGGAAGGUCUACAGACUAUAGACAUGAACCAGGAUAACUACAUGGAGGAGGCAUUGAAAAUGAGAAAUUUGCUGCAAGAAUUUUUGAAGCAUGAUGGUGUAAGAUAUCCAUCCAUCCUUGGAGUUCGGGAGCAUAUAUUUACCGGAAGUGUUUCUUCUCUUGCAUGGUUCAUGUCAAAUCAGGAGACUAGCUUUGUUACAAUUGGACAAAGAUUGCUUGCUAACCCCUUGAAGGUUCGUUUUCACUAUGGUCAUCCAGAUAUUUUUGAUAGAAUUUUCCACCUCACAAGGGGUGGUGUAAGCAAGGCAUCCAAGAUUAUUAAUUUGAGCGAAGACAUUUUUGCAGGCUUCAACUCCACACUUCGUGAAGGCAAUAUUACUCAUCAUGAAUACAUGCAAGUUGGUAAAGGGAGAGAUGUAGGUCUUAAUCAGAUCUCACUGUUUGAGGCAAAGAUAGCAAAUGGAAAUGGGGAGCAGACGUUGAGUCGUGACAUAUACAGGCUUGGUCACCGUUUUGAUUUUUUUAGGAUGCUAUCAUGUUAUUUCACCACUAUUGGAUUCUACUUCAGUACCUUGGUGACAGUCCUUACAGUUUAUGUGUUCCUUUAUGGACGCCUCUAUCUUGUUCUUAGUGGACUUGAAGAAGGCCUGGCAGCUGGUAGAAGGUUUAUUCAUAACGAGCCCCUUCAGGUUGCUCUUGCCUCCCAAUCUUUUGUACAGCUUGGAUUUCUAAUGGCUCUCCCAAUGAUGAUGGAAAUUGGCCUGGAAAAAGGAUUUCGCACCGCAUUGAGUGAAUUUAUAUUGAUGCAGUUACAAUUGGCUUCUGUUUUCUUUACAUUUUCUCUUGGAACUAAGACUCACUAUUAUGGAAGGACUUUGCUCCAUGGAGGUGCAGAAUAUAGGGGGACAGGUCGUGGGUUUGUGGUCUUCCAUGCCAAAUUUGCAGAGAAUUACAGGCUGUAUUCUCGAAGUCAUUUUGUUAAGGGUAUUGAGAUGAUGAUAUUGCUUGUUGUUUACCAAAUCUUUGGACAGUCAUAUAGAUCUGCUGCUGCAUACAUCUUUAUCACAAUUUCCAUGUGGUUUAUGGUGGGCACAUGGCUUUUUUCUCCUUUCCUAUUUAAUCCUUCGGGAUUUGAGUGGCAAAAAAUUGUGGACGACUGGACUGAUUGGAACAAGUGGAUCAGCAAUCAUGGGGGGAUUGGUGUAUCCCCUGAGAGAAGCUGGGAGUCAUGGUGGGACAAGGAGCAAGAACAUCUUAAGUAUUCAGGAAAGCGUGGGAUAUUUGUCGAGAUAGUGCUGGCAUUACGCUUCUUCAUCUAUCAAUAUGGGCUUGUCUAUCACUUAAAUAUAACGAAAAAGACCAAAAGUGUUCUGGUUUAUGGAAUUUCAUGGCUUGUGAUCUUAAUAGUAUUGCUUGUCAUGAAGACUGUGUCUGUUGGGAGGCGGAGAUUCAGUGCAAACUUUCAGCUAGUCUUCCGGCUGAUCAAGUUUCUUAUUUUUGUAACAUUUGUUUCCAUCUUGAUCACUUUGAUUGCCCUUCCACAUAUGACGGUGCAAGACAUCAUUGUUUGCAUCCUUGCUUUCAUGCCAACUGGAUGGGGAUUGCUUUUGAUUGCACAAGCUUGUAGAGGUCUCGUGCGAUGGGCUGGGCUUUGGGGAUCCAUCCGCGCACUUGCCCGAGGCUAUGAAAUCAUAAUGGGCCUUCUUCUGUUUACCCCAAUUGCCUUUUUGGCUUGGUUCCCAUUUGUGUCCGAGUUCCAAACCCGAAUGCUAUUUAAUCAGGCCUUCAGUAGGGGUUUGCAGAUUUCUCGUAUCCUGGGUGGGCAUAAGAAGGAUCGCUCAUCUCAGAACAAGGAGUAGAUUAGCCCCUUUACCAGCUCUCAGUCAUGUCAAGUUGGUCAUCUUUGUCAUAUGAUUUAACCUGCAAGUAACCUCUGCUCUGUAGAUUUUGUUAUGUUUGUAUGCCCAUGUGUAUUUCUUGUAAUAAAAAGUGUCAGCUGUUGUAACCACAGGCAGAGCAGUGAGGAAGUGGCUGGUGAAUUUUGGUAAUGCUAUGUACGCUUGUAAGGAUUCUAGGUAUCCUUUUUCUUCUAAUUUUUGUUUUGUAAAAAAAAAUGCAUUUACAAAAACAUCAAUGAUUUUUAUUUUUAAUGAAAUGUUUGUGAUGUUCUCACCAA